AUGGCGGUACACGAUGUCUUAGUUGAGGUGGCCUCGGUCAAGUUGUCACCCGGCACGUAUGGUUCCGACGGAGCCAGGCAUCCCUCCUUUGCCUUUGGCAUCGCACGGACCGCAGUGUUGUCGCCGGCCAACUUCCAUGCAGCACCAGCUGUUUGCCGAGAAUGGGCCGCUGAGCACGCAAGCUAG